AUGGCCGAGAAGAGCCUUGACCCCACCUGCGUCUCCAUCGCCCUGGAGGACCCUGUGUGCAACUCAGGCUCUCAGGAUGCUCCCCUGCUGACCACCCACCUGAAGAAGGUGGAGAACCACAUCACGGAUGCCCAGAGGUUCUCCCACCUGCCCAAGCGGUCGGCGGUGGACAUCGAGUUUGUCGACCUGUCGUACUCCGUCCGCGAGGGUUCGUGGUGGAGGAAGAGAGGAUACAAGACAUUGCUGAAAUGUUUGUCAGGAAAAUUUUGCCGCCGCGAGCUCAUUGGGAUCAUGGGUCCUUCUGGAGCUGGGAAAUCCACUCUCAUGAACAUCCUGGCUGGGUACCGGGAGACGGGCAUGAAGGGGCAGAUCCUUGUGAACGGGCGGCAGAGAGAGCUGCGCACUUUCCGGAAGAUGUCUUGCUACAUCAUGCAGGACGACAUGCUGUUGCCGCACCUCACUGUGCGCGAGGCCAUGAUGGUUUCUGCCAACUUGAAGCUGAAUGAGAAGCAGGAGGUGAAGAAAGAGCUGGUGAAUGAGAUACUGACCGCCCUGAGUCUUCUGGAAUGUUCCUACACCCGCACCAUGUCCCUGUCUGGAGGACAGCGCAAACGCCUCGCCAUUGCUCUGGAGCUGGUCAACAACCCCCCAGUCAUGUUUUUUGAUGAACCCACCAGCGGCCUGGACAGUGCUUCCUGCUUCCAGGUGGUCUCCCUGCUGAAGUCCCUGGCUCAGGGCGGGCGCACCAUCAUCUGCACCAUCCACCAGCCCAGUGCGAAACUCUUCGAAAAGUUUGACAAGCUUUACAUCCUGAGCCAAGGGCAGUGCAUCUUCAAGGGAGCGGUACCCAACCUCAUCCCGUACCUAAAGGGGCUGGGCCUGCAUUGCCCCACCUACCACAACCCAGCCGAUUUCAUUAUCGAAGUCGCCUCGGGCGAGUACGGCGACCUUAACCCGCUGCUGUUCCAGGCGGUCCAGAAUGGGCUUUGCGCCAUGGUGGAGAAGAAGAGCAGUCCGGACAAAAGGGACGCUUCUUGCCAGGAGCACUGCGGGCCGGAUAUGGAUCACAUCGAAAGCCAUACGUUUGCAACCAGCACCCUGACCCAGUUCUGCAUUCUCUUCAAGAGGACCUUCCUUUCCAUCCUGAGAGACACGGUGCUCACCCACCUGCGGUUCAUGUCACACAUCUGCAUCGGGGUCUUGAUCGGCCUGCUCUACCUGCACAUCGGCAAUGACGCCGCCAAGGUCUUCAACAACACCGGCUUCCUCUUCUUCUCCAUGCUGUUCCUCAUGUUCGCUGCUCUGAUGCCCACCGUCCUCACGUUCCCCCUGGAAAUGUCCGUGUUCCUGCGAGAGCAUCUCAACUACUGGUACAGCCUGAAGGCCUACUUCCUGGCCAAAACCAUGGCAGACGUUCCUUUCCAGGUGAUUUGCCCCAUCACCUAUUGCAGUAUUGUCUACUGGAUGACAGGACAGCCCCCUGAAGCCACCCGCUUCCUGCUUUUCUCUGCCCUGGCCACCUCCACAGCCCUGGUGGCCCAGUCUCUGGGGCUGGUGAUAGGGGCAGCAUCCACCUCCUUGCAGGUGGCCACUUUUGUGGGUCCCGUCACCGCCAUCCCAGUCCUGCUUUUCUCUGGCUUCUUCGUCAGCUUCAAGACCAUCCCGACCUACCUACAGUGGAGCUCCUACGUCUCUUACGUCAGGUACGGUUUUGAAGGCGUCAUCCUGACCAUCUACUCCUUGGAGCGAGGCGAGCUGGAGUGCAAGGUGCCCGACUGCCCAUUCAAGGAUCCCAUCAAGAUUCUCAAGGAGCUGGACGUGGAAGAAGCCAAGCUCUACCUUGAUUUUAUUGUCCUGGGGAUUUUCUUCCUGAUCCUCCGACUGCUGGCCUACCUUGCCCUCAAGUACAAGGUGAAGUCGGAAAGAUAA